AUGGGAGCCGUUCAAUCUAUGUACCAAGCCCUGGAAAGGUGCAUGGGCAAUCGGGACAACAUCCCACCAACACCCCCCUACCGCCAGCCAGCUCGUUCCAUCUUUGACCCAUUUCUGUGCGCUCCACUACGGGCUGGUAAUAGUGCAUGGGACCGCGAUAUCACUAAUACCAUAGUCCAUAUCUACACUGGGUAUGGGGACAAUGGAGAGGAACUCCGCGAGGUUGUUCCCCCUUCGCCGAACGCACAGCCGUCUCCUCCGAGAACUUCUUUUGAAGAGAAGCUUUGGGUGAUGUGGCAUGACCGCGAGUGUCGUGACCAUGGCAACUGCACUCAUUCGUUCGAUGCUGAGUAUACUGAUUGGAUAUAUGCUAGAGCCCGUGCUUCUCUCUCAACAAACCUUCAACACAGCACCCCGACAAGCAGCCAAACAAGCCCCGUCUUUACUCCUAUGACUGGCCAGUCGCUUGGUUCGGACCAGCAAACCGAUUCUCCGUCUGUCCCAGGACCCAACCCUGAAGAUGCAGGAAACGGUCGAUCGGGAAUAGCAGUGCUUCGGCGAAGUUGGUCAGCAAUCUUACAUCGAAGGAGCCGCCUGUCGAUCAAGACUCCGCCUCUUUCAGCCUAA